GUUGUUUGGAAGUGCUCUACACAUACAAACCAGACGCUGAUGUUCAUUGUUUUUUAGUGUAGAAACGCACAUUUCAAGUUGGAGUGGUGCGAGGCAGAGCUCCGUGACUUGUCUCGCCGUCAAGAUGGGAUGUGAUGGUGGUUCGAUACCGCUUCGAGCGGACAUGAUUCGUGUGAAGAAGAAGAAAGCUUUGCUAGAACGAGACGUGGAAUUGGAUAUCAAAUGGAAGAAAUGUGCUCUGACCGGUGAACCUCUUCGCGAACCUGUUGUGUCCUGCGAGCUCGGAAACCUGUACAAUAAGGAGGCCGUGUUGGAGAUGCUGAUAAGUAAGUCUAAGCCUGAAGUGGCUUCUCACGUUCGUAGCCUGAAGGACGUUGUUGUGCUUCAGCUCACCAGUAAGGGAUCAUCCAGUGACAAGCCAACUGAUGGAGCCAAGGCAGAGACCUACGUGGACAUGUACGAUGCUCAGUUUGUGUGCCCGAUCGUGGGAAUCGAGAUGAGCGGUCGUCAUAAGUUUAUGUACAUUGCAACAUGCGGCUGUGUGAUGUCGGAGCGAGCUCUGAAAGAGGUUGGUGGAUCCCGCUGUCAAAAGUGCAAUGCAGAGCACACGCCUGAUGCUGUGCGCACCCUGAAUCCAGAUAAGGAGGAACAACAUGCAAUUCGUGCCCAGAUAGAGGAACGUCGGCAGGCUGAGAAAGAAGCCAAGCUAGCAAAGAAAGCAUCAAAGCGCAAAGCCGAGGCUGCGUUGGGAGAAGAUGAUGAUGCUUGCACAGGAAAGUCUACCACUGAGGGAAGUGCUGCGAAGAAGGCCAGAGUGGCCAAGAGCAGUGAUUCGGCCAAGCCGACGCGAGAGGCGAAUGUAGUUCUAACUGGCGCUACUCGCAAUGCGCUUAAUGUAGCUGAGGCAGCCAUGACAGGACUUGUGACUGCCAAGCAGUACAAGACCGUUGCUGAAGACCCGUCCGCAAGCCGAGUCUACAAGUCACUCUUCACCUCGUCGCGGAAAGAACCGUCUGAUCCAACAAAGCCGAAAGGCAACUGGGUUGUGCAGCCUGCCUAUCACUUGUGAGCUGUGUGGUGGACUGCAGCAUUUCCACGUGAAAACUUGUGUAAAUAGCACGAUUGAAAAGUUGUAUAUAUUCUGUAAGUAACUUUAAUACUGUGUGUGUGUGUGUGUGUGUGUGUGUGUGUGUGUGUGCGUGUGCGCGCGCGCUCGUGUGUGUGCGUGUCGUCAUAGCUGGACUUGAUGACUUUAUGAUUGUCAUUCUGUGUAUUGCUGAACUGCAUGUGAUCCAUUCCUGCGAGCAUUGAACUGCAAAGCCAGUGUCUUGUUCCUCUCCAUGUUCGUUGGCGAAUGUUCACCACUGCACUGUCAGAUACUGUACAUAUCAUUAGUAUUGAAGUUUAUUCUGAAUUUUGCAUAUUGACGAUUGCCAAUUUGUGUUGACCAAGCCA